CCCUCAACUGCCGAAAACACACUUUUCCAGGGCACGGCGCUGAAGCGAGGCGCUAAGGCUGCCUGGACGACAACGAAUUUCAGCGUUCUUCGCUUAAUUACAGGGUCUCGCUACAGGUGUGUUUGAUACGGCAGUUGAGGGGAUAGUGCACACCCACCCCAAGUAUAUAAACUAAAGGCGAACUUGGUAAUGUGAAUGAUUCAAAAAGCCGAAUUUCUAGUUUGGUGUGACGUGGUUGUUUUGAUGGGGUUUCAGAAGGCAAUGACCAGGACGCCAUGCGAUGUGAGUAUAAGCAUAAGCAUAAGCAUACGCAUGGAAGGGUGGCUGAAUUGAUUGACCAAGUGCAAUUCGGCUGCAAGAGAUGAGAUGGACAGAACUCACAGAAGUCGUGCAAAAGCACGCUCUGUUCUACCUAAUUACCUAUCCAUGAACCCCUGAUCUUCAGGCGCACCCAACCUUGGAAAGCGUGGACUCUCAGAUCCUGCUCGUGCUCCUGAUCCAACAUCCAACAGCCUGAUCAGACAGCCGGCGAUCAAACGAUGGUCCACACGACAUAACACAGCAUCCAUUCCUCUCCAUUCCAUUGUGCAACAACAGCCGGGAAGGAGCAUGAUCUAUACCCAUGAUGCGCGAGAAAGAUAUCAAGGGAGACGGGAACUGGUGCGGGAGCACUACUGAUGGCGACUGGUCACUACUGCUGAGCAUCGCACAUCAGAUGGAAAUGCAUGACAUGCUUGCUUGGAUCGCUCCCCUGACAGUGUCCACAAUCCAGACCAGACUGGUCGGCCGCGUGUUUCACGCACGUUUAUUUGGCCCAAACCUGAAAAGGCAGACAUCUUGCUCUUUGAACAGUCAAAAACAGACGUGUUUCUUCCCUAAGCCAGCUUUCAGCUCGUAUCCAAUCUUUUCUCCGGCAGGCAGGCGGAUAAACAACCCCGAUCCGAUUGAUUGAGGCAGGACAGGAAGGUGGAGAACUAUACGUUGCAUUGCCUUGUUAAGAUAUUAUUUUCUCCUUUACACGUCGCUCUGAUUGGUGUGCCUUGUGGCGCAGUCUACUCUGCUCUUCUUUCUUUUUAAUUGGGUCCUUUCGUUCGUUCAUUCAAUCUCUGUAUUGGUUGUGUCUACAUUCUGGCUAUUGUCCUAUCUGGAUAUCCAAGGCAAGGAUUAGGAAGGAGAGGACGGGAGGGGUGCAAGAGUGAUUGAUAUAGAUACGAGAGCCGGCUCUCUUUCGAAAAUGGCCGGACCCAAUUCUCCUUCUACUGCAGCGCUUUUGCGACUCCAACUUCCGACACAACCACAACCUGCCUCACAGUCGUUUCGUCCGCUCGAGUACUGGAAACCGCCCAAAGCGGUCCGCCACAUCCGCAAAGUAAGCAGCCGGAUCUUUUCGCCCAACAAAGAAACACAUACAACUGAGAUCCACGACCCAGAGAAGCAAGACUUGGAACUCCGAGAGAGGGAAAGGGCAGCCGAGGAGUUUUUUCAUAGUAAAGGCAUGUCGUUCGCUACCAUUGGGGAAAUGAAUGGGAGGAGGAAGACUUUCGCCAAUGAGCAGAUUAUGUCCAAUGACCGUGCCGAUACGCUAAAUCAACCGUGGUGGAAAGUGACGAGCUGGGGAAAGAAGGCCUGGGCUAUCUUUACAGCAGUAGUGAUCAUAACUCUCAUUAUCGUUGUUGCGACUGCUGUGGUAGUUUCGAGGAACAGCAGAUAUCCGACAUAUUCGACACAAUUAUAUUCCCUGUCAGAAACUUUCUCAGGAGAAUCCUUCUUCUCAGACAACUUCGAUUAUUUCACAGGCUACGACCCAACCAACGGCCAUGUCCACUAUGUGCCAGCCGAGCAAGCCUCAAGCCUGAACCUCACCUACACGACUGCCACGUCCGCUAUACUUCGGGUUGAUACAUCCGUUUCCAACUCGUCCAUUCCCAACGCAUCGACAGGCCGUUUCUCCGUCCGCGUUACGUCCAAAAAGCAAUACGGACUCAACACCCUAUUCGUUUUUGACGUCAAGCAUUCCCCAAUAGGCUGCGGUACCUGGCCAGCUCUCUGGCUUACUGACCCUUCAAACUGGCCUGAAAAUGGCGAGAUCGACAUCAUGGAAGCUGUAAAUGUCGUCGACAACUCUUUCAACCAAAUGACUCUUCAUACUUCCAAAGGCUGCACAAUGAAAGGAGUCAAGCGGAAAGAGACUGGCAAGGUCAUCAGUUCGUCCUGCGUCAAUACCACGGACGCCAAUGCUGGCUGUGGCGUAAAUGCCGGGACUGACACCACUUUCGGCGAUACAUUCAACAGCAAUGGAGGCGGUGUCCUUGCUUUGGAGCUCAGACAGGCUGGAAUUCGCAUGUGGCAGUUUGCAAGAGAUGUGGUACCCAGUAAUGUGUGGAGUUCUCCUGACCCAAAUUCUUGGGGACCUGCCACAGCCGAUUUCCCGAAUACUGAGUGUGACAUUGAGAACCACUUCCGAAAUCAAAGUAUCGUAGCGAAUAUCGAUCUCUGUGGUGAUUGGGCGGGUGCGCAGAAGGUCUAUGGCAAGAAUUGUGAGUUGCUCCUAUGUCGAGAAUACGUUGCUUGAUCCAGACUAGCUUCUCGGCUUAAUGUCACCUACUGGCUUCUGGUUUGAAGAUACCUAGAUGGCUGAUGUUCUGGGUAUUUUAGGUCCUGGCACUUGCGUCGACCAUGUCUCAAACAACAAUACUGCUUUCAAGAACGCAUACUGGGAGUUCGGCAACUUCGCUGUUUUUAGGGUUUCAUGAGAUAACCGACAAUACAGCAAAGCCAACCCAAAAUUUUCAACGCAAUCCAUUCUCGCAGUGGUUUUAUCAUGUCCGGCGACAUUCUUGUAUGCACUUGAAGAGACUAAUAUUUCGAUGAUUUGGCAGCAGGCGUUCUGGACUGGACUGGACCGACCUUCUGGAUAGAUGGAGACCCUAGAUGGGCGACCUUUGCUUGGGGAGAAGUGGAUUUGGAAGUUAUUACGUAGUAGUAGUAGUAGUAGUAGUAGCAGCAGGGGGAAUGUUUAAGAAGCUGUGGUCUCGUUUGAGCUGGAUCGUGAGAGGUGUAGGGGGAGCCCCGCUUCGGAUUCGGAGGUUUAUAGCAAAGAGCACAUGCUCCAUCGGCAGGACCGAGAGAAUUGUACGUAGAAUCCUAUGGUUAACUCGAGGAUAAGGACUCAUCUGAGUCCAUGGGCUGUGCUCCACGACUUGUACGGACGCUACUUACCAAUCUUAUGAGUGUCCAAUUGUUGGCCAAGCAGCGGGACUUCUGAUAGUGUAUAAUCAAUCGAGGCUGAUCAUAUCUAUUUCGAGAAGAUCAGAUCAAAAUCAAUGUCAGGGUCUCAACGUG